AUGCAGGUGAAAACUGCCUAUUUCUUCACCAAACGACAUAUUGAUUUCCUCCUGCCAGCGCCAUUCUUUUCGCCCACGCUUCGUACAUUCCAACAGCGAGACGUCGUCAGUGUUCUCCAGAGCGUACAAUGCAUAACUCCAGCUGCAUCAGUCAACUCUGGCAUUUCGUCUGCUUUAGCGGUUCUCAACAAUUUGUCAAUUUCUGAUCCUUCAGUUUUGGAGGCAAUCAACAACGUCAAGGCACAUCUCGCAACAGCCAGCACCGCUGGCAAGCAGAUUACUACUGCUUGCACGAAAGUGAAAGCUGCAGUCACUGUUGCCGAGACCAACGCAGCAGCAGAAGCCAAGAGUAGCGCUGUAGCAGCGGCGACAGCAGCCAAGCAGAAAGAAGCAGCAGCCCGAGCUUCAGCCCAAAAGGCAGCCGCAUCUCAAGCAGCAGCAGAUCAGCAGGCAGCUCAGAAAGCAGUUGCCGCAAAAGCAGCACAGGCAGCGGCGGCGCAACAGUCUGCGGCAGCACAAGCUGCGGCACAGAAAGCGGCACAGGCUCAGGCAGGCGCAGCUCAGACUGCAGCACAGAAGGAAGCUGCGUCUAAAGCGGCUGCAGCGAACGCGGCGGCGGCCCAGGCUGCAGCAGCUCAGGCCGCAGCGGAGAAGGCGGCUGAGGCUAAAUCCGUGGCUGAAGCGAAGGCUGCUGCUGAAAAAGCUCUUUGGCAAGCUGCCGAGAAGGUAGCCGAGGCUGCUGGUAAAGCGCUUGUUGCUAAAAUACAAGGCAGUAGUGGAGGUAAGGGCGGAAGUAAGGGCGGAAGUAAAGGUGGAAGCCAAGGUGGAAGCAAGCCACGCCCCAGACCAACACCAACGACCACCGAUCCUUCAGAGACGACAGCUCCCUCGACGACAGAUUCUACAGAUGUUGCAACCAGAACAGAUCCUGCCACUACCACGGACUCUGCUGAUACAACUACGGAAACAGACCCUGCCACCACCACAGAUUCUGCUGAUACUGUUACCCAGACCGAUCCUGCAACCACCACAGCUGAUACCGCUACCCAAACCGAUGGUGCUACGACCACAGAUUCCGCUGAUACCGCAACUCAAACUGACGGAUCUACUACCACGGACUCUGCUGAUACGGCCACGCAAACAGACGCGACGACCACAGAUUCCGCUGAUACUGCCACUCAGACAGACGAACCCACCACUACAGACUCUGCUGAUCUAACUACCCAAACCGACGGUGCAACUACUACGGACUCUGCGAAUACAGCCACCCAGACAGACGAGUCCACAACUACAGACUCUGCUGACACUGCAACUCAGACAGACGAGCCUACCACGACAGAUUCUGCUGAUAUUGCAACCCAGACAGACGACCCAACCACUACCGAUUCUGCUGACACUGCAACCCAGACAGAUGACCCAACCACCACUGAUUCUGCCGACGCUCCUGACCAGACUGAUGCUCCUACCACCACUACCGACCCCACUGACUCUCCAGCCCCAACAGACGACCCAACCCCCACGGAUUCUGCUCCUGUCACUGAUCCUACUGACACAACGCCCACUGACGGCCCCGGAGCAACCGAUCCUGAUCCCUCCACUCCCACUUAUCCCGCCACCCCGACUGAUCCAGCUGUAGAUUCCCCUACACCGACUGAUCCUCCGACAGACACCCCUGAUCCUGCUCCAACUGAUCCUGCACCCGUUGAUCCUACCCCCGAUCUUGCCCCAGUUGACCCGGCUCCUCUAACUGAUCCCGCCCCCGUUGAUACCGCCCCAGCUCCCGUUGACCCAGCUCCCGUUGACCCAGCUCCCGUUGACCCAGCUCCUGUCGAUCCUACGCCUGCUGUCGACCCUGCCCCCGUAGAUCCUGCUCCCGUUGACUCUGCUCCUGUUGACGAUCCACCCGUUGAGGAGCCAGCUCCCGUUGAGGAACCCCAGCCUGUUGAUGACGGAGGCGACGAUUUUGGAGGUGAUUAUUUCGGAGGGGAUGACUUCUAA